AUGCCCCCAAAGGCGGCCCAAGCAAGUAAGGACGCCCAUAAGGACGGCCAGAAUGGUGGCCGGCCGGCCGGCCGUGACACCAAGGAAGAAACUAUUAACAUGGGUUCCUUAAGUACCAAUGGUGAAAAUGGAAGGAACACUAUCACAUGGCGAAGUGACAGUACUAUAACGAACAAUUUUGGUGAGAAUGGCACUGGCGGGGCCGGCCGACGCAGCGACGCGAGAGGCUCCGUGGCGAGCGGGGAUGGCGGCGGGGGCGGCGGCGGGGGCGGGGGCGGAGGCGGUGGGAGCUGCGAGGAGGCGGGGGGCGGAGACGAGAACGACGAGCUCAUGUCGUCCGCGCUGCAGUCCAUCGCGCAGGCUCUCACCCAGAUGCAGGAGGCCAUGCGCGCCAUGAGCAACAAGAUGGAGAAGACGGACGACUGCGUCCGCUGCGUGGCCGACAGGCUCAAGUCGCACGGCCAGACGGUGGAGCGGCUGAGCAACCGCAUGUGCGGGCUGGAGAACAAGGCUGCGACGCCGGGGCGGGCACCUUCGUCGGGGCGCUGCCGCUCGGGCCCGGCGUCGGAGGGCGUGUGCCCGCCGGCGUCGCUGCGNNNCGCCGCCACGACCUGCUGCGACGACCGCGCCGCCUUCCUCGGCCGUCACCUGCUGCGCGCCGCGCAGAACGGAAGCCGCAGGUGCGUGAAGCGGCUGCUGGCGGCGGGCGCGGACGUCAACUUCUGCUACGGCUCCAAGUGGACGCCGCUGCACCUGGCGGCGGCCAAGGGCCGCGCGCGCGUCUUGGCCACGCUGCUGCGCCGCUGCGCCGACGUGCACGCCAGGAACUGCUACGGCUUCUCGGCGCUGCACAUCGCCGCCUACCACGACUACAGCGGGCGCUGCGCCGCCGCGCUGCUGGCCGCGGGCGCCGACCCCGACGCUCGCAACCGCUCGGGCCGCACGCCGCUGCACUACGCGGCCGAGGCCGGCAACGUGCAGGCGGCGCGCGCGCUGCGCAACGCGGGCGCGUGCAUGUGCGCCAAGGACGACGAGGGCCACACGCCGUACGACGUGGCGCAGACGGUGAGCGUGCGCCGCCUGCUGCGCCCCUGCAGCCGCGGACUGCGCAAGCACCCCGCCGCGUGCCACGGCGCCGCCGCCCCCGCGCAGUGCCUUGGCUGA